GUACAGUAUGUUAUAGACAGCAAUACAGCAAUAUUUACUGUACUCUAAAUAACACACAUUUAAAGGUCACGUGUUUUGUUGUAUACAUUCAUAUGUCUUACCAUUAAUACAAACAUUAAGACAAUGGAUUUGUUUGAUGUCUUUGACACCGAUAAUAGUCAGACAAUUGACCACAAGAAACGAAAACUUGACGAAGAAGAAGAAAAGGAAUGUCAUCAAGUGUUAGAUCAAGUGAUUGGACAACAAAUUAAUAAGAAAGUCAAGUCAACCGAUGAAGAAGAUGUCCAAAUUAUCGAAGUUGACGAACAAAACAAUGAUAAUAAUGAAGAUUCUGAAGAGAAAUACGAAGAAAUGGUUCCCAAAACAAAAUGUCAUUCUUUAGAGGGACGUGAAUCCUGUGUUCACGAAGUGGUCAUUCCUACAGAUCUUGAAUAUGUAGCGCUUCGGGAAUCGCAUCAAAAUGCUAACUAUAAGGCGGCAAAAGAGUACGCAUUUGUUUUGGAUCCGUUUCAGACAGAGGCCAUACUUUGCAUUGAAAACAAUCAAAGCGUUUUAGUGUCCGCUCACACAUCCGCUGGUAAGACUGUUGUUGCCGAGUAUGCAAUUGCUAUGUCUUUAAGAGACAAACAACGAGUCAUAUACACGACGCCAAUCAAAGCACUCAGUAAUCAAAAAUAUCGCGAAUUUCAAGAAGAGUUUCAAGAUGUGGGUCUUAUUACUGGAGAUGUGACUAUAAACCCAACGGCUUCUUGUCUUAUAAUGACGACUGAGAUCUUAAGAUUAAUGUUGUUUCGCGGCAGUGAAAUCAUGCGUGAAGUCGGUUGGGUUAUCUUUGAUGAAAUACAUUAUAUGAGGGACAGGGAGAGGGGUGUAGUUUGGGAAGAAACCAUCAUUUUAUUGCCUGAUUCUGUUCAUUAUGUGUUUCUUUCGGCUACCAUUCCUAAUGCCAGACAAUUUGCUGAAUGGAUCGCACACUUGCAUCACCAAUCAUGUCAUGUUGUUUACACCGAUUAUAGACCGGUUCCAUUGCAGCAUUAUAUUUACCCAUCGGGUGGGGACGGACUUCAUAUGGUUGUCGAUGAAAGUGGCAAUUUUAGAGAAGACAACUUCAAUCUCGCAAUGAAUGUCUUACAAAACGCUGGUGACGCCGCCAAAGGAGAUGUUGCUAUGAGGGGGCGUAAGGGAGGCAUGAAAGGUGAAUCAAAUUGUCUGAAAGUGAUCCGAACUAUAAUGGAGAGGAAUUUAGCGCCGGUUAUUGUCUUUAGCUUUAGUAAGAAAGAGUGUGAAUCAUAUGCAUUGCAAAUGAGUAAAUUGGACUUUAAUUCAAGUGAAGAAAAAGAGUUAGUCGAAGAAGUAUUUAAUAAUGCAAUCGAUGUAUUAAGUGAUGACGACAAGAAACUACCACAGGUUGAACAUAUAUUACCACUUCUUAAAAGAGGAAUUGGUAUUCAUCACUCGGGAUUACUUCCAAUAAUUAAAGAAACGAUUGAAAUUCUUUUUGGCGAAGGAUUAAUUAAAGCCUUGUUUGCAACCGAAACAUUUGCAAUGGGUCUCAAUAUGCCGGCCCGAACUGUCGUCUUUACAAAUGCCCGAAAAUUUGACGGAACAGAUUUCCGAUGGCUUACUUCAGGAGAAUACAUACAAAUGAGUGGACGUGCCGGUAGAAGAGGUCUGGAUGAAAGAGGAAUUGUUAUUUUGAUGAUCGACGAGAAGAUGAGUCCAUCUGUUGGCAAAGAUUUGGUUAAAGGCGCUUCUGAUCCAAUCAACAGUGCCUUUCAUUUAACUUAUAAUAUGGUUUUGAAUUUACUUCGAGUUGAAGAAGUAAAUCCCGAAUAUAUGCUUCAACACAGCUUUUAUCAAUUUCAACAUUACUCACAAUAUCCACAACUUCAACAAAAAUUGGAAGAACUUCAGAAACAGCACAAUGAGAUCAAUGUUUCAGACGAACAUAAUGUUACCGAAUAUAUUAAACUUAAAGAUCAAGUGAAUGGUUUAUCGCAAGACUUUCUUCAAUAUAUAACAAGUCCUCGAUAUAUACUUCCAUUUUUGACUUCGGGACGUCUUUUAAAGAUUAAAUCCAAUGAAGAUUUGGAUAUGAGUUGGGGAGUCGUUGUAAACUAUAACAAAAAAGUUAUCAAAAAGAGAUCUAUGAAUCCGGCGCUCGAAGAAUCGACAUUUUAUACGAUUGAUAUUCUUUUAAAUUUAGCUAAAAAUAUUGAUCCUAAAACUGAUGCCAUAUUUCCACCUAAUGAUGGAGAGAAAGGAGAAAUGAAAAUAGUGACCAUAAGUUUAACUAAUAUUACUCAUAUAAGUUCUCUCAGAAUAUUUAUUCCUCAAGAUCUUAGAAGUCUUGACAACAGACAAUCGGUUUUUAAAUCAAUAACUGAAGUCAAAAAACGAUUUACUUCUGAAGACAAAAAAGUUAAUAUUCCUCUUUUAGAUCCAAUCGAAGACAUGAAAAUUAGCGACAAAGAGUUCAAAGGAAUAGUCAAGAAGUUAGAAAUAUGUGAAAAAAGGUUAACAGGAUUUUGUAAAAUUGAUUCAAAAGCUGUUGAGUUACUCGAGAAGAAGGCUAAGAUAUCCGAUGAUAUUAAAAAAGUUCGACAAAACUUGAAAAAAGCUCAAAGUUUACUACAAAUGAAUGAAUUGAAAUGCAGAAAAAGAGUCAUAAGAAGACUUGGCUAUUGUACGGCUGCCGAUGUCAUUGAAAUUAAAGGUCGGGUCGCGUGUGAGAUAACCAGUGGCGAUGAAUUACUAUUGACAGAAAUGUUAUUUAAUGGUGUAUUUAAUGAUCUUAAUGUUCACCAAAUUUCUGCACUCUUGAGUUGUUUUGUAUUUGAAGAGAAGACACAACAAUUACCAAAGUUGACGGAAGAGUUAGCCAAACCAUUGCGAACAAUGCAAGAGUUGGCAAAACGUAUCGCAACGGUUUCAAUUGAAGCCAAACUAGAUUUAGAUGAAAAUGCUUACAUUGAAAAAUUUAAGCCCAACUUAAUGGAUGUCAUCUAUUGGUGGACCAAAGGCGCCACUUUUGCACAGUUAUGUAAAAUGACCGACGCUUUCGAGGGUUCAAUCAUUCGAUGUAUGAGAAGAUUAGAAGAGUUAUUGCGCCAAAUGUGUCAAUCGGCUAAAGUUAUCGGAAAUACUGAUCUCGAAAAUAAGUUUUCUGAAGCAAUCAAAUUAAUUAAGAGAGACAUUGUAUUUGCUGCCAGUCUUUAUCUGUAAUCAUUUUUUUCAAUUCAUUUAAAUAUGUAAUACUGUA